UUACUUCGUUCGUGAGGCCCAAACCGUCACUGCUUCACUCGCGAGUGACCAGAACUGAAACACCGCCACCCUUAUAAAGCCUAGACGGCGGCUGAGCUCGAUCCGAUCGCCCUACGAGCGCCCAUAGAUUAUCUGUUUGCACAUUCAGCGGAGCCAUUUCUAUUUUGCCGGGAUGGGGGGUGAGAAAUGACGACCAUCUCUCUCUCUCUCUCUCUCUCUCUCUCAGUUGGUAGAUAUGGGGCAUCUUCUGGGGAGGAGAGAAAGCGGACGAGUGGGAGGAGCGAGAGGGACUGAAUCUGGAAGCCUAUGGCUGGCCCCGAAUCCAAGCAAGAGAUGGGGGGAACUCUUCUUUCUGUUCUACACUCCAUUCUGGCUCACACUUUGUCUUGGAAUCGUCGUCCCUUACAAGCUUUACGAGAGCUUCACCGAACUAGAAUAUCUACUUCUGGGAUUGGUUUCAGCGGUACCAACUUUUCUGAUACCCCUGGUGCUUGUUGGUAAGGCGGAUAGCAGCAAGUGCUUGAGCAAUCGAUACUGGGUAAAGGCCAAUCUCUGGAUUAUCAUUUUUAGCUACGUUGGGAACUACUUCUGGACUCAUUAUUUUUUCACGGUACUUGGAGCUUCAUAUACUUUUCCAUCAUGGAAAAUGAACAAUGUACCUCAUACAACAUUUCUUCUCACUCAUGUUUGCUUCCUAUUUUACCACAUGGUAUCAAAUUUAACACUCCGUAGACUCCGCCACUCUAUCACAGAUUUGCCACCAUCAAUUCGGUUUGUCACUGAAGCUGCGUGGAUUUUAGCCCUGUCUUAUUUCAUAGCAUACUUGGAGACGUUGGCUAUUUCAAAUUUUCCUUAUUAUGACUUUGUUGACCGGGACUCAAUGUACAAAAUUGGAUCGGUAUUUUAUGCUAUUUAUUUUCUGGUCAGCUUUCCCAUGUUUGCAAGAGUUGCUGAUAAAGAAGAUGAUGGAUGGGAUCUACAAAGAGUGGCUGUGGAUGCAUUAGGCGCUGCCAUGCUUGUCACAAUAAUACUUGAUCUGUGGCGAAUUUCUUUAGGCUCAAUAGCUUCAAAUUCCCAUUCAACCCAAUGCAAGCAACCUGGUCUUGCAUGGUUUCACGUACCUGGAAGCGACAUUCAGAAUGGCAACAUGUGAUGGUUGUAAUGGCCCAGAUGGCCACAUUGAUCUGCUUUGGGUUUAUCAAAUCAACCUGUAUUCAAUGUUCUACAUUUUCUUACCAUGAACUGUGUUCGUGCUGGGACAAUUAACCAGUUUGGCAAGCUUUACUAGAAUAAGGCUUUGUUUGGAACGGUUUUUUUUUUGUUUAUUAAAGCAAUUUUUUAGUAUAAAAUUAAAAAUUUUUGUACUAGAAAAUUGCUUUAAGAAGCAGAAAGAAAGCUGCUCCAAAUGAAGCCCAAGUGCAUUUAGCACCGAUUUCAUCAUAAUGGAUGCACUUUGAUUCAAUUGGACAAUUAGAAAUUUUUGUGUAUUCUUUGAAUAUGUGAUUUAUUUUUCCUCUUCAAUCUCAUUCAUAUUAGGAGCA